AUGUACGAUAUGCAAUCAACAAUUAAUGAUUUUCCAUCGAGAGCUCACUGUUUGACUCGCUGGUACGGAGUGAAAGAAUUCAUAACUAUUACUCCUGCGAAGGCAGAAUAUGCUAUCACGAGUGAAUCAAAAGGCAAUCAGCUUUUGAGUGCGGUAUCUAUCUGUCUCUCUAAUACAAAAUGUGAAUUACCAAUAUUUUUACAGCUGCAGCAAUUACGACGGCGACUAUAUGUUGGUCUGUGCCUCAAUCGAAAUUUCCGUGCCAAUUUCGAGAUGGUACAGUUGAACAAUACCCCAUCUCAGUAUAGACAUUUGUCUGGAUUAAUAGAUAUUUUCAAGUCUAAAUUAGUAAGUUUAUGUUGUUCAUAUAUACCUUCUGCGGAAAUAUCUGUUUCCAUUCGUCAAACUUAUAUAUUAAAUUGCUUUACAUAUUCGCCUUGGGUGCCACAGGAAAUACCUGACCUUUCAAACUAUAUAACCGGAGGCAUAGGCACUUCUGACUUUCAAUCUUUACCUUUUGGCAGCAUAGAAGAUCCGAUCACUGAUAUCUAUCUUGCAGCUACUUGGCCAAGUGUUGCAGAAUCGGCUCUUGUUGAUAACAACUUGUACAGUGAUCUAGACCCAUAUGAAGCACCUUUAUGGUCUGUAAGAGCUGUAAUGACGAAAAAGCCAUGUUUAUUAGAGAGUUACUUGAGCCGCUUCAUAGAUGUAUGUAGAAGUGUUGAAAGUACUGAUGAAUUAAUCGGUUUUGCGAAUUUUUAUGACAAUGUCGAAAUGGACAGUCAUGUCGUUCAGGCCUUAGAUAAAAUCACGGACUCUUCGGUGCAUCCGAUUCUUGAUAAGGGCCUGGCGCGCAUUGUGUCUAAAGCGACGAAUCGUGUAAGUCGCGCGGGGAGUGAGGAAUCGCACAUUCCUUCAGCAGUCUUGUCUACAGUAAUGCAGUGCCUUUUUCCUGAUUCAAUAAAAACCGAAGACAGAUCUUAUGGCGAUCAGUCGAGCAGCUUUUACCACAAUAACACUGCUACGGAUUAUUCUUGGCAUCCGAUAAACAAAUACAAUAGCAAUUCAUCUUCUGCUCCUGAGGGUAGUCUGACACACACACUAGCAAUAAGCUUAUGUAUAAUCAAUAGAAAUUAUGGAGGUCUAAGAGCGAUCGCUCAUCUGUGGCGAGAAUUUAUCAUGGAGUUACGCUAUAGAUGGGAAAACAAUAUCAUUAUUCCUAUGUUGGAAUUAGAGGCUCCAAACUUGCAGUUUAGUCUACUACAUCAAAAGUUUCAGAUGCUUAACUGUUGUAUUCUACAACGACGCAAACGUGAAUUACGAUCGCAUUCCGAAAAUCUUAUUUUCAAAUCUGGGAAUUCUUUAAGCUAUGGAAAGAUUAUGCGAUCUAUGCUAGAAAGUCGCGAAACAGAGGAAGAGGUCCUGACUAGUAAAUUAAAUUAUAGUGAUGAUAGAGAGGAAGAAUCUGUAUCAUAUCAAGAAAAUGUAAAAGUUGAUGGCGAUAUUUAUGUAAAAGAUAACGCAUCUAACGAUCGUAGUGAUAUGCAAAUACCUAUAGGUGUAAAGGAAGAAUUCAAUUUAUUACUUCUAGAAACAAAAACUCCCAUGAAUAUUCCUAUCACCCAGGAUCCAACUCCGAUGACGGAAGAUAUGUUGUCAGAACAAGCUGAGAUUCUUACUAAACUUGGAACAUCGGAAGAAGGCAUUCGUAUUCGUGCUCGUAUGCAAAGUGCUUCUCUCUUAUCGGACAUGGAAGCUUUUAAGGCGGCAAAUCCGGGAUGCAUCUUAGAAGACUUUGUUCGAUGGUAUUCACCGCGCGAUUGGAUACCGAUAGAAUGCAGCGGUAGUCAAGAAAAUUUGACUCAAGAUAACGUUUCUUGGUAUACGCAAGGCCAUCUUAGCACUAGAAUGCGCAUACCUGGUAAUAUUUGGGCGGAGGUAUGGGAAGCUGCUAAGCGCAGUCCUGCUUAUAAACAAAAGAGGUUAUUCGAUGAUACGAAAGAAGCGGAAAAGGUUUUCCACUACCUUAAUAAUUUAAAACCAUCUGAAGUAGCGCUGCAGUUACUUUCAGUGGUAGUUCAUGCUGCCAUAUUCCGUGCUAAAUCUUUAGAUUUAUCUAACUUACCAAAUGUAAAUACCAUGAUUGACAGCAUUGUCAGUCGUGCCUGUCGUUUAAGUGUUAAAGAACAUACAGAUUUGCUGAAAGAUAUCAAGAGCAUAGAGUGCAUAAUUUCAGCACGUCAGUCUCUUGCUGCAAAAUUUAUAUGUUACGAAGUUGAAGAUUAUGGUCUAGGGAAGCUGGAAGGCUUUGCUGGUAAUCUUUUGAAUCAACCUGAAGUUACAAUCGAGGGCUCUGGAAAGGGUCUAUUAGGAAAGAUCAUAAAUCAAGCGUUUGUUUCAUCGAAGAAGUUUGCUUUGGAGACUUUCAAUGAACCUCAUGUAGCCAAGCAAGAGUUAAGUUCGUCGAAGCUAGGCUUAAGCGAAAUAUGGGCUCAGGAGUUUAUUUUACGAACCCAGCUAAGUAGGCCGGUAUCAUCUUCUAGGCCAACUCCGCAAAGAUUAUAUAGUGCCUGUACAAAAGAUGAAUUCAGGAUGGCGGGAACGUUUUGCAAUGAUACUAUAUUUCAGUAA